UGUGUUGUUUUGUUUCUUUGAUACAGCUUGGAACGUCCAAACAAAGACGGGAUGCCACAGGCGCGCUUGGGUGUGAAACCACCAGACGGCGGCUGGGGGUGGGUGGUUGUGGCAGGCGCUUUCUUCGUCCAUGCCGGGAUGCUUGCGACUGCUCUGUCGUUCGGAGUGUUCUACGCAGAAUUCCGAGAGGUUUUCCAAGAGAGUGCAGGGAUAACUUCCUUCAUCAGUUCUAUCCUAGUGGGAACUAUGUUGAUGUGCUCUCCCUUCGCCGGCGCUCUGAGCAACCUGACCAGCUGCCGUACUGCAAUCAUCGCAGGGGGCGUCAUUUCUGCCGCUGGACUUGCCGUCAGCUACUUCGCACAGACGAUGAUACACCUGUUCUUCAGUGUAGGGAUUCUCACAGGGUUCGGUUUAUCUCUGACGUACACCCCAAGCCUUGCUAUGAUUGGACGCUACUUUAACAGGCGACACGGCACAGCCAACGGGAUCGCAGUUUGCGGAACUGGGGUCGGUCAAUUCGCCCUCCCUCCACUCUUCCAGUUCCUCAUUGAUGAGUUUGGGUGGAAAGGGGCUCUACUAAUUGUUGGGGGUCUAAUGUUGAAUGGUUGUGUUUGUGGUGCUUUGAUGAAACCAAUAUACCUCACAGAAGAUGGUACCAAAGUCGACAGAGAAGCACAGAGUAGUGAAGACCAAGAACUGCCAGUGGUCCAUGUUCCGUUCCAUCAGAAGGCUUGUGAAUCGUUUGACGUUUCUUUACUAAAGCAUCGCCCCUUUCUUGUUUUCAGUGUAUCGUUGUUUGGAAUGGUUCUGGGUGUUUCCGUACUGUUUGUACACCUUGUAGCCCACGCUCAGAAUCUAGGGGUGGAAAAAACCUCCGCUGUCUUUUUAUUAUCUAUCAUUGGAGUGUCAGAGAUAUUCUCUAGACCGCUAAACGGUUGGUUGUCAGACAGAGGAAAGAUUGACAAGGUUUACUAUUACAUGAUUGGUGUUACCGGAAUGGCCGUAGCCAACCUCGCCAUACCGUUUGCAAGUAACUACACGGGUCUUGUAGUGUGCAUGGUUUUGUACGGAUUUUUCUCGGGUAUGGCUAACCCGGUAUUAGCUGUGUUGGUGUGUAGAUACAGCGGAGCUUCCCGGAUUUCCAGCGGGCUUGGUUGGGCCUUUGUCUUCCAGGGUGUCGCCUUUCUGCUUGGACCACCCGUUGCAGGUUGGCUGUAUGAUGCAACUGGUAACUACGACAUGUCUUUCUUCUCGGCUGCCAUCGUUAUUUUCGUGUCAGUGCUCGUGCUUCUCCUCAACCCGUGUUCAACAACCAGCAGGACACUCGGCCCUGGUGCCGGUGGACUCCCGGACCGGCCAGACGGAAUAGUGGUUCUUAGUUAUGUGAUGCGGGAUGUCAGUAGUGAGGACGGGAUAGGGGUUUUCAGUCAUAUGAAGCGGGAUGUCAGUGGUGAGGACGGGAUAGGGGUUUUCAGUCAUAUGAAGCGGGAUGUCAGUGGUGAGGACGGGAUAGGGGUUUUCAGUCAUGUCAAGCGGGAUGUCAGUAGUGAGGACGGGAUACGGGUUCUCAGUCAUGUCAAGCGGGAUGUCAGUAGUGAGGACGGGAUAGGGGUUUUCAGUCAUAUGAAGCGGGAUGUCAGUGGUGAGGACGGGAUAGGGGUUCUCAGUCAUGUCAAGCGGGAUGUCAGUAGUGAGGACGGGAUACGGGUUCUCAGUCAUGUCAAGCGGGAUGUCAGUAGUGAGGACGGGAUAGGGGUUUUCAGUCAUAUGAAGCGGGAUGUCAGUGGUGAGGACGGGAUAGGGGUUUUCAGUCAUAUGAAGCGGGAUGUCAGUGGUGAGGACGGGAUAGGGGUUCUCAGUCAUGUCAAGCGGGAUGUCAGUAGUGAGGACGGGAUACGGGUUCUCAGUCAUGUCAAGCGGGAUGUCAGUAGUGAGGACGGGAUAGGGGUUUUCAGUCAUAUGAAGCGGGAUGUCAGUGGUGAGGACGGGAUAGGGGUUCUCAGUCAUGUCAAGCGGGAUGUCAGUAGUGAGGACGGGAUACGGGUUCUCAGUCAUGUCAAGCGGGAUGUCAGUAGUGAGGACGGGAUAGGGGUUUUCAGUCAUAUGAAGCGGGAUGUCAGUGGUGAGGACGGGAUAGGGGUUCUCAGUCAUGUGAAGCGGGAUGUCAGUAGUGAGGACGGGAUAGGGGUUUUCAGUCAUAUGAAGCGAGAUGUCAGUAGUGAGGACGGGAUAGGGGUUCUCAGUCAUGUCAAGCGGGAUGUCAGUAGUGAGGACGGGAUAGGGGUUCUCAGUCAUGUCAAGCGGGAUGUCAGUAGUGAGGACGGGAUAGGGGUUCUCAGUCAUGUGAAGCGGUAUGUCAGCAGUGAGGACGGGAUAGGGGUUCUCAGUCAUGUGAAGCGGGAUGUCAGUAGUGAGGACGGACAGAGUAACCCCGGUUUUCGCGGUUGA